AUGGCGCAUCCUUCUCCGCGCUGUUUUAUAGCUUCCCAAGCCGUGCCGUCGCUCCUCUCACCACGUACUUAUUCCUUAAAUGCCGACGCUUCGAAUGAACCUACUCUUACGUCCAGUAUAGGUCUAGAUCCUCUCCAAUCUCGUCUUGAAGCUGUCGACAGAGAUUCUGUGCGCCGUAAAUUUGCGUUUUACGGUCGUCAACACGCGCAUGUGGACCAUCUUUCCGGUACAAGUCAAGUCAAAACAAUUACGUUACAGAGCUCUGUGCUACUACAGGAAGACGGCAAGCUCACGACAAAGUUGGACGACAUAAUGUACUUGUUGGACGGUCUAUUAGGCCCUGUCAAAAAGACACAAAAUGGACGCCUGGCUCAGAGUUGUAAUAUUUUGGAAUUGAUUUACUUAUUACAGGACCAACAGAUGAUACAGGCUAUGGAAUUGGCCAAUGUAAGACGUCAAAUUCCGUUGAAAAUAAAGGAAUUAAUACUUACAAAGCUAGGACCCAAUUCAGAAACAGAAGAUGAAGCAUUUCGUCUUUUCUUGGCGGUAUUGGUGUACGUUUUAGCCAGAAGUUCAAGUGCAGACAAGUAUUUCAAUCACAAAGUACUGGAUGCAGUAAUCACUGUAUUAAAGCAAGAAGUGAUACGUGAAGAGACAAAAAAAGAUGAAAAGCUGUUGGAAGAUGUUAAAGAGAUGAAAGCAAAUGUGUUUGAAUCUACACGGCAAAUUCAUGGGCUAGAGAAAAAGUGCUUGAAACGGAAGAGUUUGUGUCAACAGAAAGGGAACGUUAUGGAUGCAGCGGAAGUAAAGGUAGCAGGUGCAUUCUCCUGUGCUAAUAGAGCGUCCGUGAUGAGCUCAAGACAAGCAACGUCAACGGUAGAGAUGCUGGCGGAAUCUUGCUGGAUAAAGUUAGAUGAGUUAUUGCGCGACCAUGAAGUGUUUCAUGUUGAGGGUAAGUUGCAUGUUUCCGUGGUAAGCGUGUUGAGCGCUGCUCUACAUAUCUUGCUGCAAGUGGAUGGACACUCGAGCUUUUCGUCAGAUUUGGCCCAGCGGUAUCAGCGAGAAGGAAACGCACAAGCAGACGAUGCUGCAGAAGAAACCUUUCGACUGAUUCAAACACGGAAGAGUCAGCUUGUACGGAAUGGCGGAAUCGACGUGUUGGUGCGCGGUCUUGUUCAUAGGCUAGACGGCCUUGAGGCAAUAUUGCCAUUGAUGACUACGAAAGCGAUUACGCUGGAGUGCGCUCAUUUGCUCAAUAGCGUCAGCAUGCUGCUAGCUGUCUUUGACCAAGUAACGUUUCUGACCUUAGAUGUGCAGCGAUACAUUUCGAAAAAGAAAGACCUUUUUGCGUUGUUGCUGAAGCUCAUCCAGUUGCUCAGCGAGCUGAGCUGGGGUGUUCAUGCGCCAGAACGGUGGGAGACUGAACUCAUGCGGAUGUCGUUGGCUGUGGAAGUAUUGCUGUCGGCUUUGCGCGUGCUAAUUAAUUUAACCCAUCACAACCUGGAGGCAGCAAGCCACGUUUUUUCCUUAGAUGGCAUGCAGCUACUUCCAGCCUCUUUUUUCCAGCUUCAAAGCCUUGUGGCGACAACGGCAAAGCUCCCGAUAAUAUCGUCGGUUACGAACAAAUGGGAGUUCGAUGCGUGUUUACUUCUACUAAGUGUGAUGGUAAACAGUAUUGAGUUUAGCGAGGAGAACCGUGAUGCACUAGCUAGCGCAUCAUUGUGCCAACUUGAGUCGGCUCCUGAUGCUUUCGAUCUAUUUACGCGAUUCUUCUUGGCAAAACUGCAGUCGUAUAAACAUUUGGUUGAUUUGACGGAGACUCAAGGCACGAGUGGGGCAAUUCUGAUUGAUGACCAAGGCGAUGACUGGAACCCGGAGGAUGUGAUUCUCGGGGGCUGCACGUCAUUGUUACUCGGAUACUUGAUGAAGGGCUCCCCUGCUAACUGCACAACCAUUCUAAAUUUGAUGCCGGAUUGCUCACCUCGGUUAUUGCUGCGUGCUCUAAGUGUGUUUGCGGCUUUUCACUCGCAGAUCGAUGCACUGACCCCUGAAGUCGCAAAAUCCGUUCUUCAUGUUGAAGAAAUACUGAAGUCAUGUCAAGGGAAUAAGCGUGAUUCACACCAACGUGGUCUGCUGACAGGUGUUGCUGCACAAGCGUAUUCCAAUGCUAUUGAGUGGCAACAUGAUCCCCCAAUGCUUCUGGAUUCAACUGCAGCAGCGAAAAGCAAAGAAGGUUGCAUCAAUCUUAGCUCUUCGGUGGUGCUUGAGAAGUCAGUCGAAUGUGAAAGCAGUGGCAUGUUACCACCAUCUCUACGAGUUCGUUCGCUAAAGAAUGUGUGCUCUAACCUUGAUGAUUCUGACGAGGAUUGCGAGCCACAUAGGCAGGGCCGAGGCAAUGUGGUGGGCACAAAAGCGGCUCAAGCAAUUUCAAAGAACCCCGAAGCUAUUGGAAUUAAUGCCCCGACUCAUACUCCGCCGAAAACCCCGUGGAGGAAGCGAACUCGAGCAGAAUUAUUCGUAGAAGCGUCUCCUGCUUUAGAAUCAAAUACAAGGAGCGCCGAUAGGUCCCCACUCACUGCAGUUCAUCCGGACGACUCCAAAUCAUCAUCACCAGUCGUGGCACGGCUUCUGAAACGAACUCGUGAACUUGUUGAAGAAUUUGAUGUCGAGUUUGCAACACUGGAUUGUUCAAUGCGUGAGAAGAACGAUGAAUACAGCAAGAGAAGAGUUAACAGUGCACAGUCGCCAUCCAUGAUGCUCACGAUGAAUGUGAUUUGCCGUAAUGAUGGAAGUGAUGAGUUCGACCUUUCUCCAGAUGUGUGUGCGGAAAACUGCAACGUUAUUGACACAAACAAGAUUGCUGAUAAGCCCGGCGUCCGUGCUAGAGCGUCGUCCAAGCGUAAGAUGAAGGCCCCGCGGAAGUUCGACGGAAUUGCGAAGAGUGCUGUCGCGUGCAAGAGAUCUUCGUUUGAAUUCGUGCUCGCAGACACGUUAUCAUCUACCCCUCAGCGUACGCAAACAAGUAAAGCACUGCUGCAAACGCCAACUAAGGAUAGAUCUUCUCCGGGAUUUUAUCGAUCAUCGCCAUUGCUUAAUCUGACGCCGACAAAGACGACUCCAUCGAUGCCGUUACGCUCAAAUAAAACUACAAGGCUGGCACGGACGCAACUGAAGAGCGAUCGCUCUCCCAUACUAUAUCAGUCACCUUUGUCGGUGAGUCCUCAUCGCCGCAAGGCCAAAAUAGCUUGCGCUCCAUCUUCGGCUCGGUCGAGCUCCAUUUUUGACUUCUCGGCUUAG